ACCUUGUAGCUAGCAAGUAGCUGCAACGCAGCUAUCCACUUGUAUGGAACUCUCCGAUACCUGCAGCCAGAAGUAGCAUGAUCGAGAAAGCACAUAUCUGGUUGAGGAGUUGAAGCAAGAAACAGAAAAGGUUGAUUUGACUCAUGUUGGAGCACAUGGAGUCAGAAGAGAUUUCAACUAAUAUGGUGGUGGAGAAAGAAAUAACGAUUUUGAUUGAUGAGGAUGAAACAGCAGAAGAGAAGUUCGAGGGUGAAUUCGAGUUGAAGAAGAUGGACACGAUGAUGCAUAGGUUCCCUGCGGGACUAGGUCUUGUCAGUAUCAGUUACCAAUGCAUCGUCCCGAGAGUGGUGGCCAUCGGCCCAUAUCACCACGGCAAGGAGCACCUCAAGAAGAUGGAGGAGGUGAAGAAAGCGGCUGCCAGCUACUUCUGUCCACGCUGGGAUCUUGAACCAGCGAAGGCCUACAAAGAGGUCCUCUCCGUCGUGGAGGAGGUCCGGGGAAGGUACAUCGCGGACGAAAUCAUGGAAUAUUCCAGGGGCGCGCGUCUCCAGCAACCAACAAUCCCUGACGAUGCCCAUUUUGCGGCUAUGAUGUUCCGUGAUGCUUGCUUCUUGCUGCUGUACAUGGAGGCUGUUUAUUCCAGAUCAUUCGGUAAGGAAGAAGAUGAGGAGAUAAAUGCAUCCUUGCGACGUUAUCUCUUCUCUAACCGAGAUAGCAUCGAUAAUGACAUCAUGCUGCUGGAGAACCAGCUCCCGUGGCGGGUGGUCCAAGUCCUCAUGGAUGUUGGCUCGGAAAAAAACAGAAAAGAACUUUUCAAGGUUGUGGGGAAGUUCAUUGCAGGCAUGGGGAACACAUUCAAGAUCUGUGAGUCUCUACUGCCUGAAACUUAUGUCUGGGAUGAUAAAAAUAAUCCGCCGCCACAUCUUCUUGCACUCCUCCGACGCCACAAAACAGAACCAGGAGGAACUGUUGUCAUGGUUGAUGGAAAUAAUCCGCCGCCACAUCUCCUUGCACUCCUCCGACGCCCUGUAGGAACUGUUUUCAUAGUUGAUGGAAAUAAUCCGCCACCAGAUCUCCUUGCUCUCCUCCGACGCCACAAAACAGAACCCGGAGGAAUUGUUGUCUGGGUUGAUAGUAUCCCUGCACUCCUCAGAAUCCAACAGGUAGAAUCAGGAGGAAAUUUUGUCUUUGUUGAUGCAACUAAUCCGCCACCACUCCUCCAAACAAAAACAGAAUCAGAUACCCAACAAGCAGGAAAUCCCCAAUCAUCUGAAAAAUAUAAGAGAGAAGAACAUGUUGGGAGGUGCUUGCCACUUUGCCUUCCACGCCUCCCAUGCCAAGAAGAAAAUCCCAUGGUCACAUCAGUCUCAGCAAUGUCUCCCAUGGAGCUUGAAGAAAUCGGCAUCAAGCUGACAGACAACCAGACGGCGGCAUUCUCAGACAUGGACUUGGUGAAAGGACGCCUCUUGAGUGAGCUCUCUUUGGCGCCUCUGUCCCUGAGCGACACAAGAGCAUCCUGCCUAGUCAACAUGGCGGCUUUUGAGGUAUGCACUGCCUCGAGGUAUGGGGAUUGCCCUAAAAAUACCGCUGUCUGCUCGUACCUCGCCCUCCUCGCCAUGUUCAUGGCUCGGAAGGAGGGCGUGCACAAGCUGCGAUCAAAGGGCCUCCUGCAUGGGCCUCACAGCGACAAGGAGAUGCUCACCUUCUUCAAGAGUGUUGUGAUGCACCUUCCUGACAGCGGAUCCCGUUUCGCCUACAUCAUGAAAGAAAUUAACGAAUACAAACUCAAGAGGUACAUCCGGAUCAUACUGUACAAAUGGUUUUACAACAACUACGUGACCAUUAUAAAGGGGUUGUCUUUCCUUGGUACUCUUAUUGGCCUCUACAGUGCAAUCCACUCUCUCAGCCAAGACCAGAAGAAUUGAUGCAACCAAGACCAGAAGAAUACUAGUAUACAAGAUAAUAUUUCCUACUAAUAAAACCAUCAUAACCAUGUUCUGUAAUGUUGUACGCUUGUGUUUUAGUACAUUCCUGUUCGUUGAGCA